AUGGCUGGACAGAUCGCUAUCGUGUUUGGUGCGGGAAAACAGAUCGGCUUAUGCGCAGUGGAGGAGUUUAAGAAGAAGGGCUACAAGGUUGCGGCUGUUGCUCGAUCACUGGAAGCAGGGGAAAGAGACGGCGUCCUUUACAUACCCGCUGACCUGACCUCGCUCUCCACCGUCGGCGACGCAUUUGAAGCGGUCCGGAAGAGAUGGGGCGAGCCAAGCGUGGUCAUCUACAAUGCCUUUAGAAUGUAUUGGACGAAAGAGUCCAGCACGUUCGACGUCCCGACAGACGUCUUCGUCAAGGACAUGGAGGUCAAUACCACCUCUGCUUUCAUCGCGUUAAAGGAAGCCCUGGCCAGUUUCGCAACCCUCCCCAAGGAGGCCCCGAAGACUUUCAUCUACACCGGCAACAUACUGAACGAGGGGCCACUCGCAGGGGUCUUGACACUCGGCAUGGGAAAAUGCGCCUCGGCACAUAUGGUUGAGCUGGCUGACUCGCGCUAUCGCGACCAGAACACUCGUUUCUUCUUUGUGGAUGAGCGCGAUGAGCAUGGCGUUCCUAUGUUCACAGGUGCGAGCCCUCAGGGACAUGCCGACAUGUUCUUGUCGCUGGCCCACCGGAGUGCAGGCGACGUACCCUGGCAGAUCACUUUUGUUACCGGCAAAGGUUACGUGGAAUUCCCGCACAAGGUCAUCUUGCCGACAGAUAACUCAACCUACACGACUGACACGACGAAGGCGGUAGACUCAUCAGUAUUGGGCACAUCUCAUACUAGGCAUUGA